AUGGUGUCCGCGGAGCGGCGUUUCUACAAGCGACGCCGUCUGAUGUCUCGCGUUGAAAAUGAUGCUGGCCGCGAUUUGUUGGCUGGACUGCGCUUGGCGUUGUCAGGCGCCGCGCUCCGGCUGGGCCUUGCCUGCGGCGGGGACUUGGCCGCCGCCCGCGCCGGUGGGGGCGGCCUGCGUGUCUUCAGGGGCUCGGCCUGCUGGGACCGCCGCCAGCUGCAGCUGGAGAAGCAGCGGGGCGUGUGGGUGCAUGCGCGCGCAGGCUUCCACAAAGGCGGGCAGGAGGCGCUGCGGCAACUGGCCAUGGGCGAGGCCAGCAACGGGUGGCGCCGCGCCCUGCGUGCUGCUGGCUUGCCGGCGCGCGGGUCUCGGUGCUAG